AUGAAACACUUCUUAAUUCCCCAUUUAUUUUCCCUUGUAGUCACAAUUUCCAGCCGACAAAUUUUGCAGGUGCGUCUUUAACGUAAAAUAUAGCGACUAUUUAAUAUUAUCUUGAUUAUAAACGAUCUGUCAUGUUGCUGAUCUGAUUUUAUGUUGGUUAUUAUUCUGUGAGGUUGGCACCCUUUUUAUUCAUGGAAGACUCUGGGAAUACUUCCUCGUUCUUACGUUCCACUAGUUGUCUGCUAUUGGUGAGAAGAAAGUGAAAUCACAAGGUUUACGAUUCAGCCUAUUUUCAAUGUCAUAGUCACUCAAGAGGGAUCGGCUAAGUUAGUCAGGUUGUUCUUGUUCUUCCUAUUGUUUAUUUACUGUUUUUAUUCUUUUAUUUAUUUAUUAUUAUUUUUCUAACGUCCACAGUCUUUACCCGAGGAAACGGACGUUGGAGAGAUGAUAAUGGAAGAAGGUUCUUGCCCCGAGAGAAGUUAUGAUUACGCUUACGCAAAUCCUGUACAAGUAACAAAUUCUUUAAUCUUGAUCUUGUUUUAUUCAUACAUUUAUUUGGUUAUUUAUUUAUUUUCUCUAACGUUCACAGUCUUUUUCAGAGGAAACUGACGUUGGGUACAUGAUGAUGGAAGAAGCCUCUUGCUCCGGGGGAAAUUAUGAUUUCGCUUACGCAAACCCUGUACAAAUAACAAAUUCUUUUUAAAAUUUGAUCAUGUUCUAUUCAUUUAUCUCUUUGCUUAUAUAUUUAUUUAUUUUCUCUACUAUCCAAAGUCCUUCUCCGAGGAAACUGACACUGGAUACAUGAUGAUGGAAGGAGCUUCUUGCCCCGAGAGACCUUGUGAUUACGCUUACGCAAAUCCUGUAGAAAUCACACCUCCUUCUUUAAUCUCGCGGAGCACAAGAACGGGGUGCGUUCCCGCUGAUGCCUCUACUAAUCAGCAAUCACCACCAUCUGUUGAAGCCAGGUCACCAGCCAUUUAUAUUGUUAAAAGUUACGAAGACACGAACAAUGUUAACGCAAAGAACAGCUUAUUUACUAAAGGUAAAAACGAUUGCGUUACGGAUGAAUGUUAUCGAAUGGACGAAUAUAAUGAUUUCAAUUGCCUCUAGCAAUUUUCUUUCUCUUUUUCGGUACCUAAAAAUUUUCUAUAGGAUAUCCUCGGACAAUUACUAAGUAAGACGGAAUAGACCUUUUUACCGAUACGGCGGCCAAGUUGAAUUAAUUCGAUUUAAGGAGUAUUAUAGGAUGCCCAGGAGGCAUGAGCACAUUUCGUUUGUAUUUUUGAGCGCUUUUCGGGACAUUUUUUCUUAAAGUUUUCUUAGAAUAAGAUUGUAAUGAGAGAGAAGAUCCUUGUGCCGUGUUUGGAUGUAAUAAUGAUCGCCUUUUUCUAGUUUAGUAUUAGAAAUAUGGUCUUUCACUGUAUAUUUCUCGGGAAAAGGCGAUCAUUAUCACAUCCAAACACGGCACAGGGAUCUUUUUUCCCAUUAGAAUCUUAUUCUAAGAAAACUUUCAGAAAAAAUGUCCCGAAAAGCGCUCGACAAUACAAACGAAAUGUGCUCUAGCCUGCGUAGCAUGGCGGUUUUGUCGAGCCGGGCGCAGGAGCGGCGUAGCCGCGAAAUUUGCGCGCGAAGCGCGCGAGAACGAGCGGCGAAGCCGCGAGAAAAAUAAAAACCGCCUGCCCGGAUUCGUGGCCUUUUCAACUGCCGCCCUUUUCAACUCAUUUUGACAUCCUGUUGACAACUUGUUUGGUUUUCCCAGCCAAUCAGAAAUAAAGUGUUGACAGUCUAAACACGACACAAAGGCUCGUGAUAUAGUGUAAAACAUGACCUUGGCCGGAAUUGGAGUUUGCUUGAACAAACACAGGUUUUUUCUUUGUGGAUAUCUCGCGUAUAGGUGACUACACUGCGUUCUAAACUUGACUGAGUAGAUCUUAUUUUUGCUGCGCUAAGUCUUACAUUUAUUUAGAGGUCAUGAAGUUGGUAUGUUUAAUCCGUAUUGAGUAAUUAUUUCCUGUGGUUAAUGUUUUUUUCGCUAAUUAGAAUUUGUUGAUCUCAGAUGCAGUUGUAAAGUACUAAUUUCUUUGACCACUCUUAAAGCCUAAAGCUUUUUAUUACGGUUAAAUAAAUAUUUUAGUUUCUUUGGUCUUUUCCGACUAAAAUGCCUGGAUCUGGACAACUACAAACCAAGGAGCCUUGGUUUGUAGUUUCUUUGUCACUGCUUUGUCCGUGAAUGUUUUGACGCUGGACCCGGCUUUUUAAGUGUUGUUUGCAGGAUGUUGUAUUUUUACGUAUAGCGCGAUCUUCAGAUUUGAGUUGUAGCUUAAACUUAAGCUACACCAAGCAAAAAAGUAUGGAGAAUUACGCUGUGCGUCUUUCUUCUACUGUAUGCCAUUCAUCGACCACAAUCGCGGACACCGUUCGAUGUAUUGCGCUGGAGUGCGUUAUUCUGUAACACCGAGUAAUAGAGAAAAUUGAGGUGAACUUUCUCGAAGCACUGAAAUUUACUGUUUCUGUCAUAAGGUCCAUUGCUUUACAGCUCAGCGACAACAUUUCAGAUAUCUGGUCGUCGAUAGUACUUUUUAGAGGGGAAAUUGUGAUCAUACAGGUUUUCGAUGAGGAUAUUUCUUCUUUGGCCAUAGCAAAGACAGUAAAGAUCAUGCUCUUGCCAAAUCUUGUUGACAAAAUUUUCAUGACAUCUCUCCUUUGAAGAAGACUGUAAAUGGCCAUUUCCUGUUUAGGCUUCAAUACAAUUGCCCUGUUUUCCCGUCAAAUAUUCAAGAUCGACGACGCUCCGGUCAACGCUUCUUUGAUAUUUUGAUUUUGUUUUGCGGAGAUGAUUUGUUCAGUCCCUCGAAACUCUCCCAUGGGAGACUACCAAAAUAUUUGAUUGACAGGCGAACAUUCCGAACCAAUCGGAACGACCCGUACGCUGGCGUACGGACCGACUCAAAAAAGCCCCCCGUCCGUGCAGGCGGUUUUUCAAGUUGCUUCCGCCCCAAUCUCCUCGCGGUUUCUCUGCCCUCGCCCGCCUUUAUUACUUAGCGCGCCAAACCGAAACCGCCAUGCUACGCAGGCUAAAUGUGCUCAUGCCCCAUGGGCAUCCUAUAAUACUCCUUAAAUCGAAUUAAUUAUGGCCGCCGUAUCGGUAAAAAGGUCUAUUAAUCGUCACUAGUGUCACCGACCUAUGUUUAUGUACUAGGUAACUUGUUAAAUAUUCUAAAGAAAGAUUUAAAAACAACAAUCACAUAUGUUCAAAGAAUGGGAUUGCUGAACUCUCAAUAUUUUUGCCUUGUAGGGACCAUAUACAGCCCAAUUUCACAGGUACACUUACGUUAAUAAAAAGAAUAAAAUUGCAUGUAUUGUUAUUCUGAAAAAAUUCAUUAAAACGGAAUGUUUGAUGCUACACAUUGAGACUAUAGAUCGUCGGUGUAAUUAUGUGUAAUGGGAACAAUAAUAUUUGAAAAGUUGAAAUUCUGCUACUUUUGGAAGAAUAUAUUCUGUCUCUAAACCAUUCAGACUGGGCAUUUUUUGGGCUUCUUGGAACGAGGCCUCAGAGACACGCUCCCUUUCACUUUAAAAAUACUUGUAUCAUGGCUACGGUCAAGUUGAGGUCACUUUUUUUAAAUUAUAGGUAAGUUUACUGGCUGGAUCUAUCUUUUCCAAUUACUUACACGAAGAAUUUAAAUGUAGCAGAAAAACGUAAAAAAUUUGGGGGGUAAUAAAAUUAUAAAUUUAUCUGACAUUUUGACACCUUUACUGGAUUCAAAUUUAAUCUUUUGUUUAGAAAAUUGUCUUAUUUAGUUAAAUUUCUUGAUCUGAGUAAGACAAAUUGAGCAUAACAAUUUUCUUUCAUCCACAGUCUCGUCCUGAGAAACCUGAAACUGAAUACAUGACGAUGGAUGAAUUCAGAUCUCCUGCAAUUUACACUGAAAAAGAUUACGAGAAUGCAGAAAACACCCAUGUGAAGAACGGUUUAUCUGAUCAAGGAGCAAACGACGAACGAUUGCAGGUGGACUGUGGAGCUUCUGCUCUGUCAUAUGAAAACUUUCCCGGUAGCAGCUCGGGACAUUUUUCAGAGGAGAGAAACGAUCCUGAGGAGUAUGUUGAAAUGGGAAAGACAAGAGGCGUGCAGUCUGCGGAUAGUGGAGAUGAAUAUGGUCGCAAUGCCUUACCCAAAGAAAAAGAAGGCCCUGGAAAUCCAUUUCUCGUGAAAAGUGAGAAAUUCACAUCAUCUACGAUUUCCCCUGAUAAACAUCACGAUAACGUAAAUGCAAAGAAUAGUUCAUCUAAUGAAGGUGAAAACGACGAACGUUCGAAGCUAGACUGUAAAGCUUGUGGUUUUUCUUACGAAAACUUUUCCGGCAGCAGCUCGGGACAUUUCUCAGCGGAGAGAACGGAUGCUGAGGAGUAUAUUGAAAUGGGAAAGAGGAGAGGCGUGCGGUUUGCGGAUAGUGAAGAUAAAAAUGGUCAAAAUGGCUUAUCCAAAGAAGAAGAAGACGGCCCUGGAAAUCUGGUUCUCGUGGAAACUGAGAAACUCAGAUCAUCUGCAAGUUCCCCUUAUAAACAUUACGAGAACAUAAGUGCAAAGAAUAAUUCAUCUAAUGAAGGUGAAAACGACGAGCGUUUGCGGUUGGAUUGUAGAGCAUGUGGUUUGCCCUACGAAAACCUUCCCGGUAGCAGCACCAGCCAUUUUACAGCGGAGGGAACCGAUCCUGAGGAGUAUGUCGAAAUGGGUAAGAGAAGAAGCGUGGAGCUUGCGGAUAGUCGUGGUCAACCUGGUGAUCAUGGUUUUCCCGGGCCGACAUUGAAGAAGAGGGUCCUGAAUAUCUAA